AAAUAGAAUGGAUUAUUAAGUUGCUAUCACAAACCCUUUUGUUAGUUGCAACUUGCAGAUCAGUGGCACAUAUCAAAUUGAGUUACUUCAAGCUCUCUUCCUCUAUAAUUUGGUUGAAAUUAGAGAACCCCUUUUUACAAUGAGCGGCCAAAACCUUGACACUAGAGACCAUAGAUUGGUGAUAUGCAUAGGUGAUAUCCAUGGAUUUUACUCAAAGCUCCAAAACUUAUGGUCAAAUCUGCAAUCCCAAACAAACCCAUCUGAAUUUAACAAUGCUAUUAUCAUUUUUCUGGGAGAUUAUUGUGAUAGAGGUCCAGAUACCAAAAGGGUAAUUGAUUUCUUGAUUUCUCUCCCUUCAAAAUACCCAAAUCAAAAGCAUGUUUUCCUUGCUGGGAACCAUGAUUUUGCCUUUGCAGCAUUCGUCGGAGUUCUUCCUCCCCCUUCGGAUGGGUCUGAAUUCAAAGAUGGAUGGAAAGAGUAUGCGCAGAGUGAGGAAAGAGAAGGGUGGUAUAAUGGUGAUGGGUAUCAAAAUAUGCAUUUACAAGGUAGAAGAUGGGCCGGUUCAAUCAAGGUUAAGUUUAAUACUUCUAAAGGAACUGAUUAUCAGGGUUCUAUUUAUGAUGCUGCUCCUACUUUUGAGUCUUAUGAAGUUUCUCAUGGGUCUAGUGAUUUGAUGAAAGCAGUUCCAGAUGAUCACAAGAAGUUUCUUGCCGAUUUGGUUUGGGUCCACGAAGAGGACAAUGUUUAUGUAGCGACAGAAGAGGGGCUAAAGAAGUGUAGGCUAAUAGCGGUGCAUGGUGGACUUCAACAGGAAAAACCUGUCGACGAACAAUUGAAGCUUCUCAAAUCUAGGGGCACUGCAAUACCGAAGGUUGAACAUCUAAGUGGAAGAAAAACAAUAUGGGAUAUGCCAAAGGAGCUAAAACAAAGUCCAACGGUCGUGGUAAGUGGUCACCACGGUAAGCUUCAUAUUGAUGGGUUGAGGCUGAUAAUUGACGAAGGUGGUGGUUAUAAGCAUAAGCCAGUGGCUGCUAUCAUCCUGCCGUCCAUGAAAAUUGUCCGUGACACUGAUUCUGUAUGAGCAUGAUUCCUUGGUUUGAUCUGAGAAGCACGUAAUGGACCGCUGAUCACUGAGAUAAGUCACUCUAAUUUGGUGUUUUAGUAAACCAUACAGCAUACUGAAGCUAGUUUUUGUAUAGUUUCCUUCUUCUCGACAAGCUUCAGUUUUUGAUGCCUGAAUUCGAAUAGGCCUGUUUUAGAUACCUAUGUUUUUGAUCUGAUAGCUAAUUCGUAGCGCUAUUGAUGGCUUGUCCUGAAGAGAAUCAGGUGUGUUUUAGAACACACAACUUUGUUAUUUUAUUUAGAUUAUCUUAAUAUAUAAUUAGUGCGAUCAUAAAACCAAUUAUUUAGAAAGAAACUCACUAAAAUUGUAUAAAGCUGCAUCGUCCUGCUAAUUCUUCACCAAUGAGAGUGCUCUAACAUGUUUAAUACUUUUUCCACAUUCCUACGCGCACAAGUGAGUAGAAUAGCUUACUACGACAUCAUGUCAACAAAUUGGAUUCGUUUUCAUUCCCUUUCCUGUCAGUCUUUCCUCCUCUAAAUAUAUCUCUAAUAUACAUUUACGUCGUAUUUUAUUUGGAUUCGACACGCAAAAAAUUGACUUGUAUGUGUUCUCCCUAACUAUUUUUACUUGUCUUUAAAAAAAACUAUUUUUACUUGUCUUGAGCAUGUCAAGGAGCCAUUUUUUAUAAAAAACUAUUUUUUGUUCGAUUGUCAAUAUUAAAUUGAAACUAUUAAUGUAAAGCUUGGGUAUUUUUGAUUGGAAAAUCUUUUGGUAAGUUUAAUAGUUAUGCUUUAUUUAUUUCAAUUAUCUUUUUCUUUUAGAAAUUCAUUCUAAUAUAUUAUUAUUUGAAGAUUUGAUAUUAAAUAUUAAUGUAAAAUUAUAAACAAAUUAAAUCACGGAAUCUUAGCAGCGAUCCAUCCCAUUGUAAAAACCAUCAAAAUCAAUAAGCAUUCUAAAAUGCUAAACAGCAGCAAUGUCUCCCACUUAAUCCUUGUAGUGAUCUUAUGCAACAACCCACAAAAUGUCGAAUUUCCUUAUUGACACAGAACAAUUGACGUUAAUGUUGGGCAGAUUCCACAAUAUAAUGGAAUAUUCUUUGAAGAAGUAGUAGACACGAAUUAUAUCAAUAGGUACUUCAACAUUGGUAUCACUAUCACCUGGUUCGUUGGUAUGGACCACUGGCAAGCUGUUUGCUCACAAGUCCUCAUAUGAUUCUGAUUCUCCAUCAGCAACAGUGACGGAAUCACAAAAAGUGCUUAUUCCUGGUGGUGAAAUUGAAGAUUCUCUGUCGGAUGAAGGCUUGAGUUCUGAUUCAAAACUGA